UCUUGGAUAGCAUAAGCUCUUCUCUGUCGAUAACUGUUACUUAUAUAAUAGUGCACGGGUGGCACAGCGAGUAGCGCUGCUGUUUCACGGCGCCUGGGUGAGCGUCUGCUAAAUAAAUAUGUAUAUAAAAUAUUGUAACGGCGCUGAGGAGGGAGCUUUAAAUGGCUCCAUGUAAAAUAUUAGUUAAUGUUCUUGUCUCUACAUACUAUAGUUUGGUGUUCUGUUACGAUUGGUUGUUUUGUCGUUCACGGGUGUAGUUCAUCACGAGGGGAAUUCUGGGGAGCUCUAGAGUGGCAGUGUAGCAGGGAGUGACUUCGGGGAACUUUGCAGUAUUCAAGGCGCCUCGCUACUCCUCUGUCUGUGGCAUUUAAAUUUUAAGACCGUCGCAAAGACACACUGACUCUAGCUGAUUUAUGGACCGGCGUCAUGUACGGUCACGUCCACAUGCCCUUGAGAAAGACAGCGAAGAUACUCGGUCUGGGCGCCGUCACCCUUCUCCUCAGUGCCCGGUACCUGCACUGGCUCUUCCGGCGUUGGCGGUCCCGGGUUCCGCUGAAGGAGGUUCUCUUCUUCCCCACGAGCGUCACCUGCGUUGAGCAUCUGUUUGCGCCCCCAACGGACCUCCCCCUGCGCUGCCCCUGCCCUCUGCCGCACGGCGCGGACACGUCCUUCACGAGACUCCUGCGGCACCUCCUGUCCGCCACGUCAUCCCUCGACCUGUGCGUGUUCGCCUUCUCCAACCAGGAGCUGAGCCGCACCGUGCUGCUGCUGCGGAGCAGGGGGGUGGCCGUGCGCAUCCUCACCGACAAGAACUACAUGAUCAUGAGUGGCUCGCAGAUCGGCGCCCUCCGCAGGGCAGGAACGUGUGUGCGGCACGACUUGGAGGCGGUACACAUGCAUCACAAGUUUGCCGUGGUGGACGGCCGGCUGCUCAUCACCGGCUCGCUCAACUGGACCGUGACGGCAAUCCAGAGCAACAGGGAGAACAUUCUGGUCACGGAGGAGCCCGAUCUCGUUCGCCCUUUUAUCCGGGAGUUCGAGCAGCUGUGGGAGGCGAACGACCCCUCGCGAUACCGCUCCAGCCUCAGCUAAAUCGUGUGCACAAGCGGCGCUGCUCCACACUUGGUCUUACUUUGUAUCAUUUCUCAUCCAUUUGCUGCUUUUUUUGUGUGCGUGUAGCAAGUAUUAUAAGUAUAGUAUUGUAUCCUGCAAGCAUUAGUUGUAUUUUAGCUUGUACAUUAAAAGAGGGAAUAAAUAUGGAUGAGCAACAACAAAAAGGACAUGUACACUCUUAAUAAAGACUACGUUCCUUUUAC